CUACACAACCUUCAACAACACAAUUAACACCCUUUUGGGCUUCUCUCUUCUCUUUCAGAUUGAUUUCUCAGACCAAAACCAAAGCUCUCUCUUGGAUCUCAUCGCCCUCCUCGUCCUCACCCCCCUACAUUAAUCCCCCCAUUCCAAAUUUCAGAUCCCCAUCUCAUUCCCCUUUAACACUUCACAACCCAUCUCUCUCUUUUGCCUCUAGAGCUCAAAAUGGCUUCUUUCACUGUCCCUUGUCCCAAAGCUUGUUCUGCCUCAAUUGUCCGACUUGGGUUGUCUCAGAGCUCACAGCCCCACAACCAGCAGCAGCACCUCCUCUCCUUCCACAACUGCCUCAACCGGUCUUCCUUGCCGUCUCUCCAAGCUUCUGCCCUUCAGAGCAAAAACAAGAAGCAAUCUGGUGCUUGGAAAGUGCAGGCACUCAGUAAGGUCACUGCUGAGAAACCUGCAAAUUCUGCACCCUUAAAUAACACCAAGGCUGAAGAUGAGUCUGCUGAAAAGGUUUCAAACAAUAUUCCAGAUGCAUCAUCAAUCUCUGCAUUUAUGGCCCAAGUAUCAGACCUUGUCAAGUUAGUGGAUUCUAGAGAUAUUGUGGAGCUGCAAAUGAAGCAACUAGAUCUAGAGCUUGUAAUAAGAAAGAAGGAAGCCUUGGAGAAGCCAGCACCACAAGCUCCUGUUGCUUCAGCACCACCACCGUAUCCUUACCCUAUGCAAUAUGGUCCACCACCACCUGCCCCAGCAGCUGCUCCUGCGCCAGCAAGCCCAGCUCCAGCAGCAUCAGCACCUGCAUUACCUGCCCCUGCAAAGCCAAGUGCAUCAGCUCACCCACCGCUGAAAUGCCCCAUGGCUGGAACCUUUUACCGUAGUCCUGCACCAGGCGAACCACCUUUUGUCAAGGUAGGAGAUAAAGUGCAGAAGGGUCAAGUUAUUUGCAUCAUUGAGGCCAUGAAGUUGAUGAACGAAAUUGAGGCUGAUCAAUCUGGAACCAUAGUGGAGGUAAUUGCUGAGGAUGCUAAACCAGUGAGCGUAGACACGCCUCUUUUCGUCAUAGCACCCUGAGCAACUGGGAAAAAUUUUGUAUAAGCUUUAUGGUGACGAACGCUGUUUGAAGAUGCUUGAUUCUCGACGGACUUUUUGAUACUAUCAUGUUCCCUUGUAAUUUAAAUUUGAAUAAUGGUGUUGUUUCGAUUCUGGUUGAAAUCCUCGUUAUUCACAUUUUUAGAGUUUUAGGAUAGGGCAUGGUGCUCAGAGAGGUGUUAGGCUAUGAAUUACACAAUAUUUCUACCCUCCUUAAGGAGGUGUUACAAAGUUGGCUGUGAAACUGUUCUCCUUUUCUUCACUAGUGUUGAACCUCUGGUUAUUUG